CCUCGCUGCCGGGCUGUCUCCUCCCCUUCGCGCCCCCGCCAGGGAUUUGCUGGGAAGGGCGGGGGCGAAGGGGGAGAGACUGGGGGUGGGGGGUUGAGCAGGACCCUGGAAGACUGAGUCCCCUGUUCGAAAAGAUUUUGCCCACCUUCUGUCUGAGGUCUGGGGUUUCCCCUCCAGGUCCCUCUCCCCAAGCCCAAGUGUGGGACAAAGAAAUUCUGAGGGCAGAGUGGGGUCUUUCACAGCCCAGCUCUUGUCCUGGGCCACCUCAGUUCCAGGCUGCUUGUGAGGAAGAAGGGAGUGGUAGAAACGGACAGUGGGGUCUUGCCUGGAAAUUCUGGGUUGACCAGUGCGUUUUGGAGAAGGCAGGGGGAACAGGAUAGAUUGUGGAAAAACCAUUUAAACACUCCUUCUACUGGGUAUCUGGACAAGGAGGACAGGAUUCAGUAGUUUGGAAAGGAAGUUGAGGUACGGAGCAGUGGCUAGAGUAGGUAGGCAAGUGUGGGGAGCAGGAAGGGCUAGGGAGAAGAGCAAGGCUGUAGCGGCUGCCUGUUGAGGGAGGAAGGGGGGGAGAAGAGGAGGGGGAGGAGAGAGAUGACAUGGGGAGAGCAGAAGGGGGGUUGGACGUGGGAGGAGGAGGAGAGGACUCGAGGGACCGUCUGUCGCGGGACAGGCGGGCCAGCUGGGGCGCGGAGCCGGGAGGAGGAGGCAGCGGCAGCAGCAGGGCUCGGAGCAGCAGCAGCAGCAGCAGCCGCCGCCGCCGCCGCCGCCGCCGCCGCCGCCGAAACAAGUACCAGCCACACAGCGGCUCCUCCUGCCCGAGCAGCCACAGUCCCCCUGCCGAGAUGGCGCUGCAAAGCCCAGCGAGCAAGGAAGCCGAGGGGCCCUGGCGGGAGGCAGACCAGGAACAGCAGGAGUGGGUGGGUAGCCCCGAGCCAGAGCCCGAGCCUGAGCCGGUGCCAGUGCCUCCACCCGAGCCACAGCCAGAGCCACAGCCAGAGCCACAGCCCUUACCGGACCCUGCACCCCUGCCGGAGUUGGAAUUUGAGCCAGAGCCAGUGCAUGAAUCCAAGUCCACGCCCACCGUGGAGACCCGCGGCACUGACCGCGGCUUUCAGCCCCCCGAAGGUGGCUUUGGCUGGAUGGUGGUCUUCGCUGCCACCUGGUGCAACGGCUCCAUCUUUGGCAUCCAGAACUCUUUUGGGAUCCUCUACUCCAUGCUGCUGCAGGAGGAAAGAGAGAAAAAUCGCCAAGUGGAGUUCCAAGCAGCAUGGGUAGGAGCACUCUCAAUGGGCAUGAUCUUCUUCUGUUCACCCAUUGUGAGUAUAUUCACUGAUCGUUUGGGCUGCCGAAUCACAGCAACUGCAGGGGCUGCUGUCGCUUUCAUAGGCCUCCAUACCAGCUCCUUUACCAGCUCACUAAGCCUGCGUUAUUUCACCUAUGGGAUUCUCUUUGGUUGUGGCUGUUCCUUCGCCUUUCAGCCAUCUCUCGUCAUCCUGGGCCACUACUUCCAACGCCGCCUGGGUCUGGCCAAUGGUGUGGUGUCUGCUGGGAGUAGCGUCUUCUCCAUAUCAUUUCCUCUUCUCAUCAAAACACUGGGGGCUAAGAUCAAGCUCGCCCAAACCUUCCAGGUGCUGAGUACCUUCAUGUUUAUUCUUACACUGCUUUCGCUCACCUACCGGCCACUCCUACCCAGUUCCCAGGACACCCCAAACAAGAGAGGUGUCCGCACCCUGUGCCAACGCAUUCUGUCUCAGCUUAGAAAGUAUUUCAACAUGCGAGUAUUCCGCCAACGUACUUACCGCAUCUGGGCCUUCGGGAUUGCUGCUGCUGCCCUUGGUUACUUCGUUCCGUAUGUACACCUGAUGAAGUAUGUCGAGGAGGAGUUCUUGGAAAUCAAGCAGACCUGGGUGCUCUUGGUGUGUAUUGGGGCUACCUCAGGCCUUGGGCGUCUUGUGUCAGGCCGUGUCAGUGACUCCAUUCCUGGACUUAAGAAGAUCUACUUGCAGGUCAUCUCCUUCCUGCUGCUGGGCCUGAUGUCCAUGAUGAUUCCCCUGUGCCGGGGCUUCGGGGGCCUCGUCGUUGUCUGCCUCUUCCUGGGCCUGUGUGAUGGUUUCUUCAUCACCAUCAUGGCCCCCAUCGCAUUUGAGCUGGUGGGCCCAAUGCAGGCCUCACAGGCAAUUGGCUACCUCCUUGGCAUGAUGGCCCUGCCGAUGAUUGCUGGGCCCCCCAUUGCAGGCCUCCUCCGCAACUGUUUCGGGGACUACCAUGUGGCCUUCUACUUUGCUGGUGUGCCCCCCAUCAUUGGGGCUAUAAUCCUCUUCUUCGUACCUCUGAUGCAUCAAAGGAUGUUCAAGAAAGAGCAAAGGGAUUCCAGCAAGGAUAAGAUGUUGGUCCCUGAUGCAGACCCCAAUGGGGAGCUGCUGCCAGGUUCCCCUGUCCCUGAGGAACCAAUCUAAUGCAUUUUCCUUGCCAUUGUGUACUCCUCCACAACCUUUUCCCUUCCCCACCCUGCUCAGCAUUUACAUUUUUGCCAUCAGCACACUUGUUCUCAAACAUGCACACAUAGCAGUUCAGCCACCUGACCAGCCCCUUGGAGCCAAAGCUCCUGUUAAACUCAUUAACCAAAUUCUCCCUGUGAAUGCCUUUAAACCUUUCAGGGUCCUUCUCUCAGGAUCUAGGAAAGUGUGGGAUCCCCCUGGCCUUUGGAACAUCUCCAUAUACUUUCUAUACUUUCUGAUACCUGGAGAUGGUACCUCCUGGUUCCAACUUGCUAGUCACCCACUAAAAGCAACUUCCAAAGGUGCUACUGUGUCCCUAGGAGCCCUGUGGGAAGACCCAAGCCUCUGUAUGCUCAGGAGUUCCUUGCCAUCUGUCCUUGGAAGCCAUUGGUAAGGGGGCAGAGAAAGAGCAGAGAGGUAAAACCAGACAAGGAGACUUGCUUAGUCUCAGAGUCUCUGAGGGCUGUGGCUUUCCAAGAACUGUGAGUGACAUCACUUUACAAGUGUACAAAUAAGUCUCCCCACCAUAUAGUUGGUUAACAGUCAGCUUCCUUCUUCCCUUCUCCAUUUUUUCCCUUAACUGCUUCCUCUCUUUUCUCUUCCACCUCUACUUCUUUUUAUGAUUGUCAUAGAUGCAUGGGUGCUUAAAGACAGAAUGGACCUAGAGCUUGGGCCAAUUAGCCUCAUCUUGGCCUAGCCCACCCCUAAAUUGAUUAUCAAUUCCACUCAUCUCAGGCUGAGCCACAUCUCAAUUUUUGGCUCAAGCUGCUAUAAUUACAAACUGGAAGAGUCAAAUAUCACAUAGGGAAGGGACCUUAAACACCAUAAAGUUCCACUUACUGCUUUUUACAGAUUUCCCAGGCCAGUGUAUUAACCUUCCAGCUCCCCAUCUGUAUAUUCACCUGUCAAAAUGUGAAGAAAUUCUUUUCAUCUCAGCAGGAAGAGGAGGACUGAUGAUGGGGAGGGUGUGGUUGGGGGAGGGGCAAUAGUUUUUGACCUGGCAAAGGACCAACUCCUCCAUCUUUCUUUAGUCAUGAUAGGUUAAUAUUUCCACCUGGGUCAGGGUGGGAAAGGGGCUGUUUUAGGGAAAAUCCCAUUCCCAACCUGGAUCCCCAAAAGGCAGAGGCAGCAACUACAGGUAGGAUUUAACAAUUUCUUUU